ACGUUCCCCAUCACGGGAUUGUUUUUUAUUGGUUGAUCCGUACCGGAAAUCGAUAAUUCCCAGGAAAUUAUGUUGUCGUGAAAGGCUGAAAGGACUGAUCUCUGAGUUUGUAGAUAACCAACCUGGGUCGACUCGUCUGUUUGAGAUUACGUUUUGGUUCUCUUCAAAAUCCACAAAAUCUUCUACUGUCAUCUUGUAAGAAGGUUUUGUAUCACUUUUCUGAAGGUCAUUCAUUUUUUUUCCCACGCUUGCUAUCAUUUCCUUACAAAGACGUUUGCGUUGGAGUAAUGCUGGUGUGUAGAUUUGAACUACUUAUAAUUACUAAAUGACGGAAAUUAAUAGCAAAUCCUUUUAUGACAAUUUUCUUAUUAAUGGCAUUCUCUUGCCAAACUUUGUUGAUAAUAAGUUCACUGGUAUGCUGUAAAAGUUUCUUUGUUAAACAUUUACUGACUUGAGAUUUUAGCUCGGGCGCGAGCUUUGACUUAUAUGGGAAGAUGAGGGAAAAGAUAAUGGUAAAAUGGUUGCAAGGAAUUUUUACGUUGGAUUUUACUAUAUGGCAACACCAAAAGUUUGAACUACCGAUAUAUGUUUGGUUAUGUGUCAAAUGUGUUGGAAUGAACGGAUGCAGUUUGUAUGAAAAGGAAUUAGCUGCAAUUACGACCACGUACGACAGAUCUUAUCUCGAGAGACGAUAUGUUAUGACUUCAAAACUCAGUGCCAGUGGUCUGUGCACGCCUGCCAUAAAUGAAUAGCUUAACUAAAUUAGGGAACAACUGUUGACGCCCAGCUGUGACCGUAUGAUAACAUUUUCCUGUCAAACUACAUGAAAGGUCAUUUUUGUGCUGACUUCUCGUAUAUUUCAAAGUCCAUUAGGCCGAUAUUUAUCUUGAACCCCUAGCAAUGAAUCCAAUAUGGCCGAUGUUUUGCGACGAAGACACCAAGUCUCAAAAAAGUUUGAAACAGAACAACAUAUUUCUCUCGAAGACGCUUCAAAAAAUGAAAACAGUAAAAGUUUAAUAUUUGGCUUGAUUGUGUAUCGCAUCUGCAACGUUUUUCUCGUACAAACUUGGUUUGUUCCUGAUGAAUUCUGGCAGGGUCCCGAGGUUGCCCACAAACUUGUCUUUAGUUAUGGUUAUAUGACUUGGGAAUGGCGCGAAGGCAUCCGCGGUUACUUUUACCCUCUUGUGUUUAGCUCAAUAUACAAGGUUCUCUAUGUCUUGAAAAUAGACUACCUCAAUUUUAUAAUAUAUUUACCAAGAAUAAUACAAGCCAUUCUUGCAGCUAUUGGAGAGUUCUACAUUUACAAACUUGCUCGAUUUUUGUAUGGUUACCAGGUUGCAUGUUGGGUUCUUUUCUGUCAUCUGACUUCCUGGUUCAUGUUUUAUUGUUGCACUCGUACUUUGACCAACUCAAUGGAAGCAUCCUUAUUUUCUAUUGGAUUGUAUUAUUGGGAAUUGUCAUUGCAGCAAAAUACCAGCAAAGAAAAAGUUGUUUCUGCAAUGUGCAAAGCGCUUUCGUUGGCUUCCCUUUCAUGCCUUGUUCGACCUACUGCUGUUAUUCUGUGGGUUCCUGUGGUGUUUUUAGCACUCACAAGAAAGUCUGUAAUUGAGCUGAUAGUUAAAUAUGCCCCUCCAAUUGCCUUAUUUUCUUUGUCAUUUUCCUUGUUGGCUGACAGUUAUUUCUAUGGUAAAAUUGUUCUAGUGCAGUAUAAUUUUUUGAAGUUUAACAUAAUGCACAAUUUUGCUGAAUUUUAUGGAAGUCAUUCUUGGCAUUGGUAUCUCUCUCAAGGCUUACCAGUGGUGUUAUUAACUCAUUUGAUACCAUUUGGUAUUGGUGUUUACUAUCAAAGAAAGGCUAUUUGGAAAUGGCUUGUAGUUAUCAUCUUUGUUGUUGCUGUUUAUAGUUGCCUUGGUCAUAAAGAAUUCAGAUUUAUUUUUCCUAUUCUGCCUAUUGCGAUGAUCAUAUGUGGCCAAGGUUUAUAUUAUUUAUCAAGUUCCAAAUCAAACAAAGACCACAAAACCCUUUCAAGAAAAACAUCUCCCGUCAACAUGAAAAUCCUUGUUGUGUUCUUAAUAUUGACUAAUGUUCCUUUUGCCCUUUAUAUGAGCCUUAUUCAUCAACGUGGCUCAAUAGAUGUAAUGAGGGCUAUUCAAGAAAAUGUCAAGUAUAAUGCAAGUACAAGUGUAUUAUUUCUCAUGCCUUGUCACUCAACACCAUUCUAUAGUUAUAUACACCAAAAUAUUGAAAUGAGAUUUCUGGACUGUAGCCCAAAUUCAAAACCUGGAUAUGUUGAUGAAGCAGAUUUAUUUUAUGAAAACCCACAGAUGUGGUUGGAUGAAAAUUAUAGUGAAGAUCAAACACCAUCUAACAUUCUUUUAUUUGAUGUUUUAUUCAAAAAAAUUGAAACUUUCUUGUCAAAGCAUUUUUACACCAAGUGUGGAGAAUAUUUCUAUAGUCACUUACCAUCAGGAAGAUUAGGAAGAUCAAUUCUGUUUAUGUGUAAAAAGAAAUUAUAAAUUUUGUAAUAUAAGCAAUACAUCAACCACUGAAAUAAUAUUUAUGUAUAAAUAAUUUUUUUGUGUUCAGAAGUAAAGGAGCAUUAAUUUCUA